AUGUCACAGCCCGUCCAGUCACCACGGCAGAGCAGCGCGAGCAAGCCGCUGCCUAUCAGCCGUGCUCCGAGUCGACACCAAUCCUCCGGUCACGAGAGCCACUUGGCAGGCACAAAACGGCCUCUGCCCGGUUCCUUGACUCGUGAACAUGAUGGCUCACCCUCUGGAAUGCCUUCGAUGCUCAAGAAGAGGCAUUCGUCUUCAUCCCAGACACGCACGCCCACUGCGGCUCGAAGUCGAUCGGCCUCGACGAUUUCCAGAGCAGGUUCUUCUAGAGGGACAUCCCCCACAGACUCGCUUUCUCUACUCGCACUCAACGAUAAUGUCUCUGGCCUCGUCAAAGCUCAGCCGUCGUCCAGCACCAACGACUCGCUCGCCGCCCUCGCGUCGCUAGGCCCAGGCGGCUCGCUGUCUGAUCGCAAUAUGCUUACCUCCUUUAUUCAGAGCGCCCUGCUGGAGAGCUACAUGGGCAAGAUGAGGCGGCGUGAUGAACUGAUAGAGGAGCUACGGCGGUUGUCGAAUGAUGAUUCUCUCAAUCAGCAGUCCGGUCGAUCGCAACAGUCUCAGCAACUAGCGCGAUGGCUCGAAGCGCUAUCAGAAUGCACGAGCAAGCUCGACAAAUCACAUCGCGUCCUCGUCGACGCUAUCCUCACGCUCCCUUGGUUCACUUGGGAGGAACAACCGCGGAGAGCGUGGGGCAAAUUCACGCGAUCGCUUGUACUCGUGCGUAGCGAGUGGCUGGGCAGCGUGUUAGAACGUGCAGUAAAGUCACUGCGCUACAAUACGCUCGUUGGGCUCAAUGUGAAAUCAUCCCAAGACACAGCAGGAGCCCGGCUGCCGCGACCUAGCAGCCUUGUCGGGGGUGCUCUCACACGCCGAGAGGUCUACGAUCGUCAGCAUGGAUUCUUGCACUCUCUGUGCGAUUACAUCCCGACUCUGCCGAGUACGCUCGCGCCCAUACUGCAGACGCACUUUCCUCCCAGACGGGAGCGCAAGGAAUACCACAUGACAUACUAUCGCAACGUGCUCAGAGUGAUCGAGUACUGUCCCGAUCUACUGUCUACCGUUCUCGGUCUCGUCAUCUCCAAAGCCGUCAAGCUUGAUGCUGAAAUCACACAAGAGGUCGAGACUUUGGCGGACGACGAGGGCAAGCUAUCAGAGCAGAUAUUCCAGUGCUCAGCGCGAGAUACAUUUGAUCGACCAAUCGGUGAAUCUGAUGAUUCCGCAGACGACGACAGCAAUGGUAGCGGCGACGAGGCAUUCGACAUGGAGGAUCUGAGCGAUGACGAGGAUCUCAGGGAGGAAGCACAGAAUCUCAUCAAUGCGGAAGAUGAAGCGUUGACUCGACUCAAAGAAACUGUCACCAAGCUCGAUUGUAUCCUGCGAGAGAUCUUCGCGUUCCUCACUGCUCGUGCGGAGCGCACCGUCGCUCAAGGCCGAUCGAGCCCGCUUACCGAAGCUGAGGAGGAUGACGACAGCAGCACCGCAAGCGAAAGCGAGGCUGAUGACGGCGCGAUACUCAGACAGCCACGAUCGCGCACGAUCACCGCCGAAGAUCUCAACGAGCAGAAGCGAGCUGUCUUCGACGCAUUGCUGACCAGCUUCGAUACGCACAUACUGCAGACCUUCAAUACGCGCCAUGUCCAGUUCCUGCUCUUCUGGAGCGUCUCGCUUAGCCCAGAGUAUACCGAUGAUUUCACUGGCGCACUCAUUGAGCGUAUUCUCUUCAAGACUGAUGCUCCAAACUACAUCAGAGUAGCUAGCGCUGCGUAUCUCGGCUCGUUCGUCAGUCGCGCCAAAUUCUUCGAUCAAGAUGGGGCGCGCACGGUCGUCAGGAUCAUGUGUCAGUACAUCUCCGAGCAGCUAUCACACCUCGAGCCUACCCAGAGUGGCUACGUCAUACCAGCCUACGCUCAGUACACCGUCUUUUAUGCGGUCGUACAGGCGGUCAUGUAUAUCUUCUGCUUCCGCUGGCGAGAGCUAUUGCUCGAAGACGAAGAUCCUGUCGGCGAGGCUAUGAGUCCAGAGAUGGGCCCUACCGGCGCACGCGUCUGGCCUCCCGAGCUUGACGCUCUCAAAGCUGCCGUCGACUCACCUCUCAACCCUCUUGCCAUCUGCUCGGCUCCUGUCGUCGAGCAGUUUGCGAGAAUCUCGCAUUCAACUGGUUUGAUGUACUGCUACACUGUCCUCGAGACGAACAAGCGUCAUGCUUCUUCGUCUACGUCGUCGCACGCUUCGCCUACUAAGCCCAAGCCAGGCUCACAGCGAUCCGUCGGUAUUGCCAACCAAGGCCCAGUACAUAACGCGAUGCUCAAGCACGCUCUGGCAGAAGCGCGCUUCGACACCCACUUUCCUUUCGACCCUUUCAAACUACCCCUAUCUGGCGUCUACGUCAACGACCUCUACAGAGAAUGGCGAGACGAGUCUGACGAUACCGAAGAUGAGGACGAUGUGAGCGAAAUGGAGCAGAUCAGCAGCUCUGUGUCGACGAACGCCGAGGCAAUGGAAGCCGCAGAUUCUGUAUCGCCACAUCUAGCACCUUGGCCAGCCUCAAAGCGCAGAUCGGCUGACCUAGGCAGCUCAUUCGGCGCAAUGUCUCUCAGUCCAGAGCCCUUCCUGGCAAAGCGCGAAGCCGCCAUGCCACCCAUGUCUGAGAUCUCAGUGUAA